CAGCGGAUAUCUUAUUGUGGUCCAGUGGAUAUCAUAGUGUGGCCAAGGAAAUACAUUUCUAGACAAGGAUUUAAUGAGAGACAUCAUGCAGACGUUUUGGAUUCUACUGCUUCUUCUGGUUCCGGUAUCCUGUAGUUCUCACCACUUUGUACUUCUGCCGAGCGUUCUGCGCCUAGAGACUGAGGAGGUGUUCAGCGUGACGUCCCUUGAAGCGGAGGGCGACGUUACAUUCAAGAUCUACUUGACGGAUUACCCGGAGAGGAAGAGGAAUUUCUCAGAAACAACGGUCACAGUACCCCAAGGAGAAAGUGUAAUGGCCAGGGUGUUGAUGACAGUGGGUGACCUUCCGCAGAACGCCCAGCCCCCACUUUUUGUCAAUGUCAUCGUCAUGACAGUUGACCAUGAGCCUCACUUUCAGAAGGAGGCUGUCAUCUUGGUCAACGAGAGUCCCGGUUAUAUAUUUAUCCAGACUGACAAACCGGUUUACACACCGGACCAGUCGGUUUUUACCCGUGUGAUGACUUUAAACGAACAUUUCCGGCCAGCGAGCUGGCCACUACAAGUGGACAUCCAGAACCCUGACGGAAUGACCAUAAGCCGGAAGGUCAUCGACUCCAAAGAUCUCAUCCUAAAAGAUGUGAUGAAAAUCCCAGAAAACCCUGUGUAUGGCAACUGGACAGUGACGGCGAAAUUCAUCAACGGGCUCAGGACAACUAGCGCUGUCAGAUUUGAGGUCAAGGAAUACGUUCUCCCUACAAUCUCUGUCAGUUUUCACAUCCCAGACUCCAGGAAGGUCAUCUUGCCCAACGAAACUCAUUUCCAUUUAGCUGUUGGAGCAAAAUACAUGUACGGAAAGCCUGUCAGAGGUCACGUGACGGUGACCUAUGGACUCCUUUGGCAUGGGCAUGUCUUUACCGUUGGUAAACAGAGAAAUCUACAGCUGAAUGAUACUGGCUUCGUGGAGUGUGGGAUCACCGUCGACGACCUCAGGCUUCCGGUCCAGUCCGUCUGGUUCCCUAACGGCGGCAAGCUCCACGUGCAAGCGGCCGUGACGGAGACGGCUUCCGGUCACGUCGAAAAAGCAGACGACACCAGCGUGGUCUUUGCCGACCACUUGUACGUCAUCAGGUUCACCCGAUCGGACAGACAUUUUAAACCAGGACUGCCUUAUGUUUUAGAGAUAGAUGUCUUCAAAGCUAAUGGUGAAACUGGCCCAUACCUGGCACUGGCAGUGGAGUGUCAGAUAGAGAUGCAAGAUGGCACCAAAGAAACUAUUCCAGCUACUGGACUGGAUGAUGGACAUUCAAUGGUCACUGAUGCUAGAGGAAAACUUAGCGUCCACUACAAUAUUCCGGCCAACGCAAAACAGCUUCAUUUCAAGGUUUCUCCCAAAGAGAAGGCGACCACUGACCAGGCCAGUAAGUCCGAUUACUUCUUCAUUGCAAGCAGGUUCUACUCACCAUCCUCUGUCUACAUGCAGCUCCAUGCCAGGCUGACUGAUACGAACAGAUUUGGCUACACUCCUGCAGUCGGAGAUCACCUGACCGUAUGGACCAGCUACACUUCGCCAGAGGAAUUAUCAACAGUUACGCUAGUGGUCAUCUCAAGGGGCAGCAUCGUUUGGCAGGUCAGCACCCGAAACAUCCUUGGCAACUCCACCUACUUCCACUUCAAGAUCACCCAGGAUAUGUCUCCAACGGCCUGGAUCCUGGCCUUCGCCGUCAGGGGGAAUGAGCCGGGUUCAGAGGUCAUCUCCGACUCGGUCUGGCUGGAAAUUGUUCCACAAUGUGAUGGCGAGCUUCACAUUCAGCGCGAGAAUGACGGGAAGAAGGUUCUCAAGCCUGGAGACAUCGGCACAGUUACACUGACGGGUCAGCCCUACAUGGUGGUUGGGGUCGUGGCCGUUGACAGUGCGGUCUACCGCUUGAAGAACAGCACUUUGACCAGACAAUCGGUAUUUCAACAAAUCACUGCUCACGAUCGAGGCUGUGGUUUUGGAGGAGGAAAGGACGCUGCCAAAGUCUUUGAGAACUCUGGUCUGAUGGCUCUGACCAAUGCCGACCUGCCGAUGACCCCUAAGACAGUGGAUGGAUGUGUGGACAAAGCCGUAAGGAAGAAGAGGUCUCCAGAAGCAAGGAAACGUGCCAGAGAUAUCUGCUGUGUGGAAGGAGCCCGGGUUCGCAACGCCACCUUGGCUCUCUGCUACUUCGCCACCCAAGAACUCAAGAAGACGAUGAACUCCGAGUUCUGUGUCCGGGAGUUCUUCCAGUGCUGCAGGAGUUUCGUGAAAGGAACGCUAUCCCUGGACGCUCUGGGCCGACUGAGAACUUCCAUUGAAAGACUCCCAGAGGACAUCGAACUUAACUUUGAUGAAGAUGAUCUGUCCAACAUGAAGAACAUUCCUGUAAGAACCAACUUCCCAGAGUCUUGGUGGUUUGAGGAAUACAAUCUAGGAGCCGAGGGUCGUGCUGACGUUGACUUUGUACUACCGGACUCCAUAACCACUUGGUCAGUGGAGGCGCUGGGCAUGUCAGUGGAAGCUGGGCUCUGUGUGGCGCCGCCGCUGGAACUGACCACCUUUACUUCGUUUUUCGUUCACCUAGACCUGCCGUACAGUGUGGUCAGGCUGGAGCAGGUGGAGGUCAGAGCCACCGUCUACAAUUACAUGACCAAGAAGAUCAGGGUCAACCUGAUCCUACAAAGUGUCGACGGCGUCUGCUACUCUGGGCAGCCAGGAGACGCCACGGAUUACGUCAAGCUGGAGAUCGACCCCAAUGAUGCUGCCUCUGCCUACUUCCCCAUUGUCCCCCUGGAGAUCGGCACUUUUCCCAUUGUAGUCAAGGCUUUCUCCACCUGGGGCAGGGACGCUGUGGAAAAGACGCUCAGGGUUGAGGGUGAAGGCCUGGAGAAGAUCCACACUAUCUCUGUCAUGCUGGACCCAAGUGGUAAACGUUUCCUCAGAAGCAGGUCUUCAAAUCAUACUUUCAACAUGAAAAAUGAGGUCAGAUCAGCAGAGAAGAAACAGAACGUGGAGCUUGACCUCGACCUUCCCCAGGAGGUCAUACCAGACACAGAGAGCUGUUCUGUACAUGCUAUGGGUGACUUGCUUGGACCAACCCUUCAGGUUAUGAUAGAGGGCGUCACGGAGCUACUACGUUUGCCCACUGGGUGUGGGGAGCAGAACCUCAUCUACCUGGCGCCCAAUGUGUUUGUUACUCGCUAUCUCCGAGCUACCCGCAGACUGACAAGUUUCAUAGAGAAGAAAGCCCUGGCCUUGAUUCGACAAGGCGUUUCUAAGCAAAUGUUUUUCCGAAAAGUCGACGGUUCCUUCGCAACCUGGCCUCAUGCAGAAUCCAGCACCUGGCUGACGGCGUUCGCCAUGAAGACUCUGUGUCAGGCUGAGCACUACGUCACAGUAGACCACAACCAGACUUGCUCGUCUUUUCACUGGAUCGCCAAGCAGCAGAAACCAGACGGCAGCUUUAGGGAAGAGGUCUGGGUGACCCAUAGAGAGAUGCUUGGUGGUGUGAAUGGAGAUGUCAGCCAUGCGGCUUUCAUUCUUAUUGCAUUGUUGGAAUGUGAUUGCCCUGGAAAUGAUCACAAGGACGUCACUGCCCAGGCACUGCGAUACAUAGAAACAACAGUGGCCCAGACGGACCGCCCAUUGGCAUUGGCAAUCAGCGCUUUCGCCUUGACAUUAGCAGGCUCUCCAUCUAGUGACGGUGUAGUCAAGAGACUGCAAUCAAUGGCCAAGUCUUCUCCAGAAGGGUAUACGUACUGGUCUCACGGCUCAGAGGAGGAUUACGAGGGGCAUGAGAAGCCCUACUGGUACACCAAGCAGCCCGGGGCUCUGGCCGUGGAGGUGACCUCCUACGCGCUUCUCACCAACCUGGCCCGGGGAGACAUCUCGACCAGCACCGGCAUCGUGGGGUGGCUUCUGUCACAGAGGAACUCACAGGGGGCUUUUAUUUCUACCCAGGACACUGUGGUUGGUCUACAAGCGCUCUCAGAGUACAGCAUCAAGUCAUACUCGGCCAUUCUGGACAUGACAUGCCACAUCAGGUCCGAGGUGGAUGACCACUUCAGAAAGUCCAUCUCGCUGACCCCUGAGGACGCUAUGGUAGUCAAAACUGUCCCGAAGGUUCCAACUGGAGGCAAACUUCACUUCGAGGCUGAGGGUACAGGUGUCGGCAUGAUGCAGGUGGAAGUCAGGUUCAACGUCCCUGAGGACCGCAACAACUGUCACUUUGACGUCACAGUGGCAACACACCAGCAUAACACCUUGCUGCAAAGUUUCUUCUGGGACAACAGAAAGUCCAAGUGUGAGCCUUGUUCAACGGACUGUGAAGAGCAGACGAGCGAGGAGGAGGAAGAGGAAGAUUAUGAAGACUUUACCUUCCCUCCAGUUCAACCCAGAAUUCAAACCCUGUGGAGAAAGAAGGUCAAAGGUCUCAAUUUGACAGUACAUGAAGAUGAGAACAGAUCUGAUUUUGAAGAUCCUAACAUGGUAUCAAAGAUUGGCCGCCCACGGCGAAAGCGACGAUCUGUCAGACCGUACAGCGCCUCUGUCAUCUGUGUUGAAGUCUGUGUCAGGUUUCUAGGUAACAAAACAACUGGCAUGUCUGUAGUAGAUGUCGGGCUAUUUACUGGCUAUCUCCCAGUGGACGAAGACUUGGAAAAUUUGAAGUUGAAAGGUAAAAUCGACCACUACGAGAAGUCGCAGAGAUCUGUUGUCUUGUAUGUUGAUGAGUUCACAAACCGAGACAGAAAGUGUCUUAAACUACGAGCGAGACAGGAACAUGUUGCUGAGAAUCUACAACCAGCUAAAGUUCAAGUCUUUGAUUACUACAACCCAGAUUCGAGGUGUACAGUCUUCUAUAAGAACAACAACAAUAGCGGACAGUUGGCGAACUUUUGUGAUAACCAAAAACAGAUUUGCCAGUGCUUAGAGAGUCGUUGUGCUGCGUGCGAGGAGAGCUGGUACGGUCUCGGUUGGAUGGAUAUGAUGAAGUUUGCCUGUAGCAACGCGUCUUAUGUUCUUGAAAUCAAAGCUCUCGACAGAGACUUAGAAAAAGCUGGUUUCGAGAGAAUUCUUGGACAAAUUCAAGUCGUUCAUUCUCAGAGAGGCCGUCACGAGCUAAAGGUUGGUGACAAAGUUAUCCUGCUGAAGAGAGCGUCUUGCUUCUGUCCAAGGGUCAGUCCAGACCAGACUUACUUCAUGAUGUUGUCCCAGCCAAAGAGAUUCAAAGACUCGGACGGAAAUCAAAUAUACGCCUUUCUGAUGGACAAAAAAGUGCUGGUGAUACAGAACUUCAGGCCAAGAGGUCUGAGCAGGGAACAGAAAGAGAUCUCCAAGAACUUCAACAGGACUGUGAAGCGCCUCAAAAGACGAGGCUGCUCGGGAGGCGGGAAGACGCCCAAAGUGAACGGCAAGAAUAGAAAGAGGAGAGCACGGCGCGGGAAAAACGGGAAAACCAAGAAAACGUAAAAACGAGAAUGUGACAUUAAUUUUUUUUUUUCUCUUGACCGAUUUGUUUUGUUUCCUUAUGUGAUUAUGUUUUGACGUUACGUUUUUUGUUUGUUUCAUUCAUUACAAAUACAGUUCUAUACAAUGAAGAGAUCAAGUGUUUAUACAAUGCAUUAUGCUUUCAUGAUUAUGUUAAUUCUUAUUUUUCUGUAUUUGUUGACUUUUUUUUAAACGUUUUUAGGAGAAUAAAUUCAUUGUCAGUAAAACUAGAAGCUCGUGAAUCAGUGAUGCUCAAACUAUGGCCCGCGGACCACAUCCGACCCAUGACUCGGUGAUGUCAGACUCGUCGUGAGUUUUGUCAACAGAGCACAAUCAAACCUCGAUGGGUUCCACGAUUUAUAUUUUUCAGGCCGUGUUGCGGUCGGCCUGUUCAAUAUAUAUAUUUAUGAGCCCAUGAUUAUAUAUAUAGUUAAUCAAAUAUUACGUAUUUCAUAUAAUCCUACAAUUUAAAACAAAGUAUCGAAAUGUUAAAAUUGACCUUUUCAUGAUUUUGUCUUCUGGCCGACAUCCAUGUUUUUGUGUUUGGAAAUUCUUUCUUUUGUCACGUGGUAAGGUGAUAAUCCAUAUAGUUCUAAUGGACAUUAAUGCCCUGUUCAUUUAAUGGUUUCGUCCAAUAGAAUGGAGCCUAUUUCCUGUUCAUUUGGUGACGUCGUACAAUGAAACGAGCCAAUGCAGCUUUAUACUAAGCAAUAAGUAUUGACAUUGGACUUAAGUGUCGAAGUGCCAGAUAUGGUCCGCAGGCCGUUCCUUAGGCAUCAGUUGCGUAGAAUAUAUAGAUUUAUGUAAAUAAAACCUUCUCCAGCAUUUAUUUUUCAUAGUCCAAUGAGUAUAUCGAUGAUGAACUCAAAAUGCAAGUACCCUUUAAGUUUGCAAUCAUCGAGAACUGAACACUGAAUAAUCUUCAGAACUUGAAUCUUUUUUUUUUUUUUUUUU